AUGCCCUUGCAUGCGCCGAUCCUGCAAGAAGAAGUUUUCGCGGAGAUAAGGAUGCCCUCCUGGCGAAAGAAACUAUCAAAUAUUCCCAAGUUCAGCCAGAAACCUUCACCUUCGGACCUUGAAGGUAUAUUGACAAAAAUUGAAAGAUCCACUGCGGAGUUCGAACGAGUGGUCAAUCUGGUUCGGGAUCAAACUAUAGAAGCCACAGGCCUUAUGACACAUGCCAUGACUUCACAAAUGUCUGUUGUCCAGGAUGAUAUGCAUCAGGCGAGAGAUAUAUUAGAAAGAUCCAUCGAGAAAGACGACCGCCGACAUGAAGACACUGUCACUUUAUGCAAGUUCAUUUUCAGUGCCUUCCAUCAAAUUGCGGAACGAGAAAUUGCCUUGCAGAGAAGUCAAUUACAAGCUAGGAAUGGUUUGAUGGAGGUGCUACAACAGGGCCAGAUGCAUCGGUUGGAAAUGAAAAAGAUUCAGCAAAAACUUGGCAAAGUUGCAAGACCCAGCAGCAUGAUUACGGAAGAUGAACUUCUCCAAAUCCUUCUGAACUCGUCCUCUGAUCCUGCAGAGCUUAGUCUUUCUCUACAACAGCCAAACAAAGAUCUGGAUCGGGUUCUUUCGAAUAAAGGUCGACAUAGUGAGGAUAUCCAAGUGGAAAUCCAAACGUGUCUCCUUCAUCACAGGCGAAUUCUACAGUGGAUUGAGAGCAUUAAUUCGGACCUUGUACUUGUGGACGCGCAUCUCUACAAUGCAAGCAUGCCCAAGAUCUCUGCUGCUUCGGUUUUUAGUGCGUCUUUCAUCACUACCUUGCUCAGCACCAGUUCAGAUGCUGUAGUUGUCCAUUACUUCUGUGGCGUUCAUCUUACCCCUAACGAUAAAUGGCUUGGUCCAAAGGGGCUUAUUCGAUUCAUCACCAUUCAGCUCCUACUGAGGCUUAUGGCAACUCACAAAAUUGACCUUGAUUUCAUCGACAGUCGGGAGUUUGUUCAAGAUUUGGAAGACCAUGACCUUUCCCGUCUCUGUGACCUGCUAUACACAAUUAUAGAGCAGUUCUCGGAAGAAGUCACGAUAUGGUGUGUGAUCGAUUCCAUUCAACGCUUCGAUAAGCCGAGUACCUUGGCAGAUCUGAGAUCUGUCAUGGAUUUUUUGCACUGUCUUGUGAACGACACAACGCUCGGUCCGGUCGUAAAGAUCUUCAUGACGAAUCCAAAUCACAGCAAAAGGAGCAUUACUCAGCUUCCGACUUUCCAGUCUGACCCAACUCGACUUAUUAGCUUGAGACCAAGUAGUGCAAAGGCAGCGAGGAGAUUAUCUGAUCGAGUGAUCGGCGAUCAGCUCUCUCGAGCUUUGGAUUACAGACUGUCUGAAAACGACGCAGAAUAUUGA